UGUAGUCGAAAUUAAUUUCGACCACCCCCUCGAACAAAAUGGCUGUCUCUUUAAAUAUCGUGGGAUAUCCACGAGUAACCAAGAAAGAACAAAACAAUUUCUAUUCAAUGGAUUGACUUGUUUGACGCUCCCUGGCAUUUCUUCUUGAACUAGGGGCUAGCUUGAAAAAGUGGUCGUCAUGGAUACCACCACGUCCCUCAAGACGUCUACUCUGGCCAUCCAGAGUCUGUUCAGCUUGGUGGAGGAGGAGAACCUACCUGCCAUCAAGGCACACCUGGACAAGUUCAGAGAGGUGGACAGCAGAAGUGAUCAUGGCCAGACUGCCCUGAUGGUGGCAGCAGAGCAGGGCAACCUGGAGAUCGUACAGGAGCUCAUCAGGCGGGGGGCCAACGUUAACCUGGAUGAUGUGGACUGCUGGACUGCCCUGAUAUCGGCUGCCAAGGAGGGCCACAUCGACGUGGUGAAGGAGCUGUUGACCAACAAUGCCAACCUGGAGAACCGAGACAUGGGAGGCUGGACUGCUCUCAUGUGGGCUGCCUAUAAGGGUCGGACCGAGGUGGCACGCCUGCUGCUGGAGAGAGGAGCCAACGCCAACAUCACCGGUCAGUACAGCGUGUACCCCAUCAUCUGGGCAGCGGGGCGAGGCCAUGCUGAGAUCGUCCAUCUCCUCCUGCAGCACGGGGCCAAAGUCAACUGCUCGGACAAGUAUGGCACCACCCCUCUGAUCUGGGCUGCCAGGAAGGGCCACUAUAACUGUGUGACACACCUGCUGAAGAAUGGUGCCGAUGCUGACCAGGAGGGGGCGAACUCCAUGACGGCCCUGAUCGUGGCGGUGAAGGGCGGCUACACGGAGGUGGUGAAGGAGCUGCUGAAGAGGAACCCCAACGUCAACAUGACGGAGAAGGACGGCAACACCGCCCUCAUGAUCGCAGCCAUCGAGGGACACACGGAAAUUGUGCAGGAUCUGCUGGAUGCGGGGACCUAUGUCAACAUACCAGACAGGAGUGGGGACACUGUGCUGAUUGCAGCGGUCAGAGGAGGCCAAGUGGACAUUGUGCGAGCCCUGUUGCACAAAUACGCUGACAUUGAUGUCAGAGGGCAGGAUGGCAAGACUGCUCUGUACUGGGCUGUGGAGAAGGGCAAUGCCACCAUGGUGCGGGACAUCCUGCAGUGCAACCCUGACACAGAGGCCUGCACCAAGGAUGCGGAGACUCCCCUGAUCAAGGCCACUAAGAUGAGGAACAUUGAGAUUGUGGAGCAUCUCCUGGACAAAGGAGCUAGAGUCUCUGCUGUGGAUAAGAAAGGAGACACUGCUCUCCACAUAGCCAUAAGGGGGCGGAGCAGGAAGUUAGCGGAGCUCUUGCUGCGGAACCCAAAAGAUGGCCGCCUUCUCUACCGGCCCAACAAGGAGGGCGAGACCCCGUACAACAUCGACUGCACCCACCAGAAGAGCAUCCUCACACAGAUCUUUGGCGCCAAGCACCUGUCCCCCUCCGAGGCAGACGGGGACAUGUUGGGCUAUGACCUGUACAGCAGCGCCCUGGCCGACAUCCUGAGCGAGCCCACCAUGCAGCCGCCCAUCUGCGUGGGCCUCUACGCCCAGUGGGGCAGCGGCAAGUCCUUCCUGCUCAAGAAACUGGAGGAUGAGAUGAAGACAUUUGCUGGGCAGCAGGUGCGGCCCUUGUUCCAGUUCUCCUGGCUGGUGGUCAUCCUCACGCUGCUGCUGUGCGGAUCGGUGGCCUUCAUUCUGGGCUUCACCGUGGACCCACGCCUGGCCAUCGCCGUCUCCCUCAGCCUGAUGGCUCUCCUCUACAUCUUCUUUGUGGUGGUGUACUUUGGCAGCCGGCGCGAGGGGGAGAACUGGAACUGGGCCUGGGUGGUGAGCACCGGGCUGGCUCGCCACAUCGGCUACAUGGAGCUCCUGCUCAAGCUGAUGUUCGUCAACCCGCCAGAGCUGCCUGAGCAGACCACACGUGCCCUGCCUGUCAGGUUCCUGUUCACAGACUACAACCGCCUGUCCAGCGUGGGCGGCGAGACAUCCAUGGCAGAGAUGAUCGCCACGCUGUCUGAUGCUUGCGAGAGGGAGUUUGGCUUCAUGGCCACCAGACUCUUCAGAGUGUUCAAGAACAAUGAGACACAAGCCAAGAAGUGGAAGAAGACGUGCUGCGUGCCGUCGUUCGUGCUGUUCGCUUUGACGCUGGGCUGCCUGGUGACUGGCCUGGCGCUGCUGGCCAUCUUCCGGGCCGACUGGAAGAACGUGACGGUCACCAGCGUGCUGGUGGCCAUGGCCAGCGUGGUGGGCCUGGCCGUGCUGCUCAACUGCCGCACCUGGUGGCAGGUGGCCGACUCGGUGCUGCACUCGCAACGCAAGCGCCUGCACAGCGCCGCCAACAGCAUGCACAAGCUCAAGAGCGAGGGCUUCAUGAAGGUGCUGAAGUGUGAGGUGGAGCUCAUGGCCAAGAUGGCCAAGGCCAUUGAUGGCUUCACCCAGAACCAGACCCGCCUGGUGGUCAUCAUCGAUGGCCUGGACUCCUGCGAGCAGGACAAAGUGCUACUGAUGCUGGACACGGUGAGGGUGCUGUUCUCCAAGGGCCCCUUCAUCUCCAUCUUUGCUAGCGACCCGCACAUCAUCAUCAAGGCCAUCAACCAGAACCUAAAUAGUGUACUGCGCGACUCCAACAUCAACGGGCACGACUACAUGCGCAACAUCGUGCACCUGCCCGUCUUCCUGAACAGCCGCGGCAUCAACACCGCCAGGAAGAUCUGCAUGGCCGCGCCGACCAACGGAGACAUGGCCAACGCAGAUGUCUGGCAUGAGGAGAUGGACAGGAAGAACAGUCUGGGUCAAGAUCAAGCCAAGAUGGGCAGCCGGACAGCACUGAACCGCAAGGGGAGGUACUCCCAGAUCCCCACACCACCCUUCGCCACCAGGGACACAUACCGCAGGAGACAGAUGCAUCGCUCCCUCACACGUCAGCUGUCCUUCGACCUGACCAAGCUGCUGGUAACUGAGGACUGGUUCAGUGACAUCAGCCCUCAGACCAUGAGAAGACUUCUCAACAUUGUAUCAGUCACAGGACGUCUCUUGAGGGCCAAUCAGAUCGUGUUCAACUGGGACCGGCUGGCGUCAUGGAUCAACCUGACUGAGGAGUGGCCCUACCGCACGUCCUGGCUCAUCCUGUUCCUGGAGGAAACCGACGGCGUGUUGGACCAGGUCACACUCAAGACCAUCUAUGAAAGAAUUUCCAAGAACAUCCCGACCACCAAAGACGUGGAGCCACUGCUGGAGAUUGAUGGGGAUAUCCGGAGCUUCGAGGUGUUCCUGUCGUCGCGGACGCCGGUCCUCACAGUGCGCGAUGUGGAGAUGUUCCUGCCCUGCACAGUCAACCUGGACCCCAAACUCCGGGAGAUCAUUGCAGAUGUCCGUGAUGCCAGGGAGCAGAUGCACAUUGGAGGAGUGGGCUAUCCCGCACUGCCCCUGCAGGAGGCCUCGGCUCGCGGGGGGGGCGGCGGUGUUCGGGCACCACGCGGGGCGGUGGCGGCGGCCUGCUCGCCCAGCGGCUCCAUGCCCGGGCCCUUCCCCCCCGGAGCACCACUCCCCCCGCAGCCCCACAGCAGCUACUACAGCGGCCUCACCGGCCCACAGCAUCCCUUCUACAACAGGCCAUAUUUCCCCCACCAUGUCUAUCACCUGCCGAGGCAUUACUCUGCCAUUACCCAUCAUGCCCCUCCAUUACGCCCGCCCACUAAACCUGGCUUUCACAAGGAUCCCAACGGACUCGCCCCUGGCUCUGGCAUGGCUGCCGCUCCGUGGGUCCCUCUCAGCUCCAUGACCACAGACGUGGUGUGUGAGCGCGCGAAGCAGAUCGAGGGCCUGGACACCAGCAUGCUGGAGCAGUACACCACCACCAUUAAAAAGGCCAACGUGAAUGGAAGAGUCUUGUCUCAGUGCAACCUGGAUGAACUGAAGAAGGAGAUGAACAUGAACUUUGGUGACUGGCAGCUCUUCAGAGCGAUGGUUAUGGAGCAGCGCCAAGCAGAAACCCAGCCACUGCAUGACGACUCGCGUGCUGGCAGCGAGCUGGGCAGCAGCGUGGGGGGUCCUGCAGAGACCAGCAGGCGCCCUGGAGGGCCACCUGAUGCCACCCUGGCCCCCGACGGCACCAUGCGCUACAGCCUCAACCUGAGCUUCGAGGAGCUCAGCAACGUGGGCCUGGAGGAGCCACAGAGGCACAGCAACUCCAACUGGACAGCUCCGAAUCACAGGACUCCCAGCAUGACGAGCCUAAACUCCCAGGAGUCCUCCAAUGACAUCUGCAAGCUUACUGACAAGCAGCAGGCCGAGUACCACACCGCCUACCAGGAGUACAUCGCUCAGAUGGCCCAGCUGGAGGGCCUGGGAGGGCCCGGGAUGGAGGAGAAGGCCAAAGAGGGCGAGCCGGACGGACGGAAGGCCUUCCCCAAGGGCCGCUCCAAGGUCACCGACGCCAGUGACGGAGAUGCCCAGCUUGACCCCAUCACGGAGGAAGACGAGAAGCCUGAGCCCGGCUCCGCCGCCCGAGCCCUCCUGAGCCGUAAGACCAAAGGUCCGGGGCCGCGCUACCAGAAGGUGCCCAACGACGAGGACGACUCUGGGGCGGAGGAGUCGGACAGCACCACCCCGUUGCUGAGCCAGGAGAGGAAGCGCCAGGAGGCCGAGGCCCAGCCGCCCGACGAAAGCGCUCAUCUGCUGCCCAAGGGGAAGGACUUCCUGUCCGAGAUCCUCCUGGACAAGAAGGAGUCGUCGGACUCGGGCCUGCGCUCCAGCGGGAGCUCCUCCGACCACUCGCUGCAGGACGCCGACUCCGAGCCGGAGAAGGCCGAGCCGGAGGCAGCGCGGGAGCCAGAGGAGCUGAUCGAGCUGCUGGAGCCCGAGGGCCUGGUGACGAAGCGCCUGCCCAGGAACCUGAGCGGCCUGCAGGACCCGGCCGUCAUGCGCAUGUCCAUCUGCUCAGAGGCGCCGUCGGAGGGCAGCGCACUGGCCAGCAGCCCCGAGGAGAACUGGCCCGCGUCGGCCGUUACCAACCUCAACCGCUCGGCCAGCAGUAGCACCCUCAACAACAACAACAGCUCCAACUCGCAGCACGCCCUGCGCGAGAACACCAACACCACCGCGACCGUCGCCGACAGCCCGCCAAUCAUCAUCAGCCCCGGCUCCACCAACAACACCACCUCCUCCAUCACCACCACCGCCGUGCUGCACAACGAGAACCUGAGGGCCCUCCAGCGGAAGAGGGGCCCCAGCAGCGAGAGCCACGCUGAGGAGGAACGCGAGAGUGUCCUGUGAAGCAGCCGCAGCAGCAGAUGGGCAGCGCACUAACUGACCCCAUUCUGACCAUUGAUGAUGUCAUGUCUGUGUGCAAGACAGGAGUUGAAAUAAAACCUAAUAAAACCUGAAGUAAGUUUGCAUUUCAAGCCAAAUUAACACUUGGCCUCACAACAAGUUUUUUCAAAUGUGGUGUCAAAAUGCCAAAUAGCUCUUUCUUGAAGAAGACGCUAGACUUUCUGACAGCCUAGAUGUGAAGUACCUUAAAUUUGCUAGAAAAAGUUUAUAUUAAUCUACCAAGUGGGAUCAAUAUGGAGAGAUCUUGCAAUAAUCUCGUAAAGGACUACAUUGGCCUGUCAGAUAUACUUCAACCUUGAGAUGGUCAUCAAUCUUGUCUACUGAUAAAACUCGUGUUUGAUUCAAAAAUAAAGUGAUGUGUUGCUGUUACCUGAGGUUUUGUGCCAAGCAGUGAAUUGUGAUGGUACGAUGUAUACUGUAAGACAUAAUAAUGUGACUUUGUGAGUGUUCACUUGAACUACACUUCAAAAAUCCUCCAAACUGUUUGUCUGAAAGUCUGUGGUGUUCAUUGACAGAAAUGCCUGUCUAAUUUGUAUUUUGUUGAAAUUGAUAUGAUGUAUUGGUGUAAUGUGCUGUUUGAAAAAUGCUGAGACUCGUAUGUCGGCCUGAUUAAAUCUUCAGGUGGUGUGAGACAAAUUGAUGUGAGAAAAGUAGAUGUUACAAGUCAUUGUCACAUAGCAUGGCAGCGCUGCCAGAAAUAUUUUGCAUGCACUGUUGGUGUGUUUUGGUGGAUGUUCCCACAAUUUUCCUUUGUCUCUCCAAGAAAUAAACAUGUCUGGCUACAAAAUGUUCAUUGUA